GCCCAAAUUCCCGCCCGGAACCGUCGUUUGUCAACACUGUUGUGCUGCUCAGCCCCUCUGUGUCUUUGUGUCCUCUUCACCCUCUUUUAUUAUCAGAAUGGCAACAAGUAAAGACGACGCAGACAUCGAAGAUAUUCUCGCCAACGAGGAGGAGCUGGAGAGGGCUCUGUGUGUGCUGGCUGGGAGCGACCCAGAAAACUGCUCCUAUUCCCGGGGUUAUGUGAAGAGACAGGCUGUAUUUGCCUGCAACACCUGCACCCCCAGUGCUGCAGAGCCUGCUGGGAUUUGUCUGGCCUGUGCCAAUAAAUGCCACGAUGGACAUGAUAUCUUUGAUUACUUUAUACCAUUAAGAAAUUUUCGCUGCGAUUGUGGAAAUAGCAAGUUUGGGGAAUUCAAGUGCCAACUAACUCCUACUAAAGAUGAGGAAAACAUUAGAAAUCAAUACAAUCACAACUUCAGUGGCUGCUAUUGCACGUGUGACCGUCCGUACCCAGACACAGACGACCAGGCUAACGAUGAGAUGAUUCAGUGUGUCGUCUGUGAGGAUUGGUUUCAUAGCAGGCACAUGGGCUGCACUGUAGUGGAACCUGAGGAGCUGCAAGAGAUGGUAUGCGAGGCCUGCAUGAACAAGGUUCCUUUCUUGUGGACGUAUGCUGCGCACUUUGCAGUACCACCUGUGAUCAGCGUCAGUCAUCCUGAGGAGGAGGCACAAGUCGAUGUGGAGGAAGGAGCAGAAAAGCAGGAAGACUCUGAGCCCUGUCAGAGUGGGAAUGAGGAACCGUCCACCAGUGCUGAGCACACAAAGCAGGAAGCGGCAAACAGGAGUUCUCCUUGCAAACGGACUCAUGAGGAAAUGACGGGCAGCCCUACAAAAGCCAUGACUAAAACUACAGUGUGCAGGCUGAAGGAGCUGCAGGUCCAGGGGCUGGAGAGGCUGAGGCAGGGAGCCGUGCUCUGGCCUUACAGUUGGCGCUCCGAGCUCUGCACCUGCACAGGCUGCAAGAAAGCCUACGUGGCUGCCGAGGUGCAGUUUCUUAUGGAUCAGUCUGACACCAUUCUGGCCUACGAGAACAAAGGCUUGGACGAGCCAUUUGGGCAGCACCCGCUGAUGGCACUGACGAACUCAAUGGACCGCGUGCAACAGCUGGAGGUCAUUUACGGUGUCAACGAGAUGACAACUGCGAUCACUGCAUUUUUAGACCAGUGUGUUGCUGAAGGAAAGACAGUCACUGCCGAAGCCGUACAUCAGUUGUUCGAGGAGCUGCGGGCGAGAAAAAGACGCAGAACCAAUGCAGGAUACCAGUAACAAGGAGGCCAUGCUGCUAUCAUAUGGUGCUUUGAAUGUAUGUGUAACUUUGAAGGUGACCCUUUGUCUUUGCUGAAUAAAGGGCUUCUUGCUGAAACCAAUGUGAUCCUAAAGCUUGAACAGUUAGUGCAAAGAGUUCCGACUUGCAGUUACUGUAGUAAAGACUUACUUCUACAGUGAAAGAUUGUGAGUUCUGGGUUUACAGUGUCAUUCAUACUGAUUUAUAAUGAUGCCUUAAUUUAUACAUUUACUUGAAACAUUUAGAGUGCUGAAACACAAUUCAGCACUCUUUUGUCUGCUUUAAAAUGAUUAAAUCGUCCUGCUGUGAUGUUAUGACAGUAUUUCACAUGAACAUGAUGCCGCCAUGUGUAUUCUGGUGUAUGUCCAGUAUGUCACUUUCAGCUAAAUGCCAGUGUGUUUUAAUUGUUUUCUGGUGGCGGCCAGUUAAAACAAACUUGUUUGUAAAAGUAAUGUGAAUAAAUAUUACUGAUUUAUGUGGA